GCUGAUUCACCACUGCUCUCUCGUCCUCGGCAGCGUCACUCUAUUUAAAUUCAUUCAGCCGUCGCCGUCGGCAUCUCUCAACUCGUGUCUGAGAAGUUGUUUUAGUUCGGAUAAAACUCCAGAGACGCUCCCGUUUCCCCCAAAUCAUGUCUGCAGAGAUGCGACGCAACAGCAUUGCGGUCCCAAUCAAGAACAUUGAGAGGGAGCUGAUUUGCCCCAUCUGCAAGGAGCUGUUCACCCACCCGCUGAUCCUGCCCUGCCAGCACAGCGUCUGUCACAAGUGUGUCAGAGAGCUGUUAAUGCUGAACCAUGAGGACUCAUUUGAUGCUGGCUCAGAGUGCUCCCUGCCUGGAAGCCCCAGGUCCAGGGUGCCCUCUCCUUCCAUGGAGAGGCUUGACAGGCUUGUCCGAUCAGGUGGGUCUCCGGGCUCCAUCUCAUCCCCGGGGUGGCGCAGAGGGUCUGUGACCCCCCGAGUCACCACCAUCCCAUGCCCAGGCUGCCAGCAUGACAUCGACCUUGGCGAGCGCGGCAUCAGCAUGCUCUUCCGUAACUUCACCCUGGAGAGCAUCGUGGAGCGCUACCGCCAGGCUGCCCGCGCGGCCGUCGCCAUCAUGUGCAACAUCUGCAAGCCUCCACAGCAGCAAGAAGCUACUAAGAGCUGCAUGGACUGCAAGGCUAGCUACUGUAACGAGUGUUUCAAGAUGCACCAUCCCUGGGGCACGCCUAAAGCCCAGCAUGAGUAUGUUGGCCCCACCACUAACUUCAGGCCCAAGGUGCUCAUGUGUCCAGAGCAUGAAAUGGAGAAGGUGAACAUGUACUGCGAGGUCUGCAGACGACCCGUGUGUCACCUCUGCAAGUUGGGAGGAUCCCACGCCAACCACAAAGUCACUUCCAUGAGCAGUGCCUACAAGAUCCUCAAGGAAAAGCUUGCCAAGAGUAUCCAUUACCUCAUCAGCAAAGAGGACCAGGUCAGGACUCAGAUUACAGAGCUGGAUGUGCUGAUCAAUCAGACCGAGGAAAAUGGCCAGCUAGCAGAGCGUCGUGCCAAUGAGCAUUUUGAGCGCCUGUUUGAGACCCUGCAGGAGAGGAAGUCUGAGAUGCUGAGGUCCAUCGAACAGUCUCGCAACCGGCGCCUGGACCAGCUCAGGUCCCAGGUGGAGGAAUACCAAGGCAUGCUGGAAAACAGUGGUCUGGUGGGCUAUGCUCAGGAGGUGCUGAAGGAGACAGAUCAGUCCUGCUUUGUACAGACUGCAAAGCAGCUGCAUGUCAGAAUCCAGAAGGCCACCGAGUCGCUGAGGACCUUCCACCCUGCGGCUAACCCCUGCUUUGAUGAGUUUGUGCUGGACACGUCCAGAGAAGAGACCCUGCUCAAAGAAAUGUGCUUUGGUGGAGUGCCAGACCCUCCUCUGAUUGAUCUGUCCCGUAGCAGAGUCUACAAUGAGGCUACAAUCUGCUGGAGGCUGUCUGAUGACCACCUGCCUACAGAUCAUCAAGUCCUAGAGUACCGCAGACUGGUGGGCCCCAGCCAGUCCCCGUCCCAGGAGGACGGCGAGGACAGUGGGCUCUGGAGGGCCACAGACAGAGUGUACGGUCCCAGUACUGUUGUCUGUGACCUGGAGCCUGACAGCCUGUACGCCUUCAGGGUCCGAAGCUGCAGGAACUCCAUGUACAGCCCCUACAGCCCUGAAGUCAAGUUCCACACACCACCUGCCCCUGCCUUUGGUUUCCUGUUCAGUGACAAGUGUGGCUUCAGUACGGAGCGUCUGGUGCUAAACAAGCGGCGUGACAGUGUGGAGAGUGUGGCAGGGAUGGCCUUCCUCCUUGGUGCCGAGCGUGUGCAGACAGGCAGCUACAUUGGACUGGACUACAUUAUUGGGGAUGCAGGCAUCUCUCAGGGAAGGCACUACUGGGCCUUCACAGUGGAACCCCACUCCUACUUGGUCAAAGUUGGGGUGGCCUCAGACUCCAAGUUGCUUGAAUGGUUUCACAACCCCAGAGAUACCAGCAGCCCAAGAUAUGACCAUGAUAGCGGCCAUGACAGUGGCAGUGAGGACACAUGCUAUGAGCUCUCCCAGCCUUUCACCCUCAUCACCCUAGGAAUGGGUAAAUUAUUCAUCCCCAAGGCCUCUUCUUCCUCCUCUGUUUCCUCGGCAACUGCAUCCUCCACUGACCCCAGCAACCGUGUGCUACCCAUGCCUCAGCGUGUGGGCGUAUGUCUCGAUUAUGACGCGGGACGGGUAUAUUUUUACGACGCUGACACCAUGAGGUGCCUUUAUGAGAGGCAGGUGGAUUGCUCCGGAACGAUGUAUCCAGCUUUCGGUCUCAUGGGCAGUGGCAAGGUCCAGCUGGAGGAGUUCAUCACCGCCAAGAGACUGACUUUCUAGAGAGGGAUGGGGAGUGUUGAUGUGUUAAGACCUGCAUAUGUUUGGAUGUUUCCUCUUAUUUAUAAGUCUGUAUAAACUAUGGCUGUUGUGGUGAGAAACAGGUCUUAAAUAUGAUAUGAUAUGGGUUUCACUGACAAACAAAGUAGGAUACAUGAGAUUAUAGUAGGUCAGAUGAGGCGUGCUUGAUUAGCGCCAUCGGUCCUAAAUGUGAAAUCAGGGUCUCUGCCAGAGACUGACCUAUUUAGAGUUGGCAUGUGUAAUGUAUGAUCAACACAUGACAAGAGUACAACACUACAUGUUGGGAGGUUUCGUUCUACAUGCAAAGAUAUGGAGAGAUGAGUGUAGAUGUGGAAGGUCUUCUCUACAUACCAAAGUCUCUGUAUCUCUUAACUGUAUUUCACCAGGUUUUAAUUGCCAGCUAUGGUUACUGUUAAUAAGUUGGAGCUGACUGCGAAGUUAGUCUGCAGUCAUCUUCAAUUUGUCUUUAUUCUUAUGAAUUUAUUUCAAAUGCCUUCUAGCUUACACUUAACUCUUCAUUUUGCCAGGUUUAUGUCAGUAGAGAUUGUGUUUUUUUUUUUUUUUGGAAUUAAUUUACAUACACAUUUUUCGGCGAUCUUCAUCACUUUACUUCUUCUUUGGUUACUUUUGAAGUAAUUGUUUGUCUCUACGUAGCAGUAUAGGUCCAGUUAUAAUCGUAAUGGACCGAGAGAGCCUUGUAGCCACUUUGAAGCUAGUGCCUCGGUGCCUUUUUUGGGAAAUGGGUCACUUUGUUUGCUCUAGCAAGCAGAUGUUAUUGUGUGUCAAUGCACAAGCAUAAUGGAAAAGGCUUAUCAUCAUAAAUACACGAGUCUUUACUACAGGCCUAGUUUGAUCACAGACACCAAUGUCAACAGUUUCACGUAUGUCACUUGAGCAUGGUGUUCACACAUAUUUACUCUUGCUUAUAUCACUAAAACUACCUUGCCACUGUAGAUUUAAUAAAUGGACACCUUCUCACAAAUAUGUUUAGCUGUUUUUGCACAAUGACACAUGACCCCUAGCACAUGUUAAACUAAUCAACCAUCACUUUAUAAUCACUACCUUGUUAGCUCUUCUCUUCAAAUGACAUUUUUAGCACAUUGAUGUCCCACUGCAACCUGUUCACACUGAAAACAGCUUUCACCCUAACUAACAUAAAUACAAAUCAUGAAAUAGUUACCUGGAUUUCAAGGCCUCUCACUGUUUGCACUCUUACAGCACUGAAUGUUACCUUCAGCAUCAUAAAACUAGCCAGGCACCACAAUACUGUGGACUCAACGUCAGCAUUAACUACAAUGGCUUCCUUAAGUCACUAAUAGCCAAAACUGAGUAGUUUUGGUACUGACUUGAGCGGAACACAGUUCUGUGGCUUAGGCGGCCACAACAAUAUGAAAAAACGCAAUUUAAAAAUAAAAGGGGGCUUCAGGUUCUCACAAAAAAGUGCUAUCACAGAACACACUGUUCAGUACUGUUACUAUUAAGAGCUUGCGUUACUUGUGGUGCAGACACACAGCACGUAGCAUAUCUAUCGUAGUAUCUCAGUGGUGAGUUUGGCUGCCGCAGACGGACAUUAUGUAAGUCGCUGAUUGGCUUUGGUUAAAUCAGCUCAGAUAUUUAAAUCUAAGAGAGCACACUAGAUAAACGAUUACUUGGGGUUUUUUGUACAGGUGUGAAUGUGUGCCUGCACAUGGGUUUGUUUGUACAUUCAUGUAUGUUUUGCUUUCUGGAGGGUUAGGGUAAACGGUGUGUGUGUGUUUUCUCAGGUUUCUGGCCCUGCGUGGGGCCCAAAGCUACCUACCUCUACCUGUCAGCCCUGGAAAACCUUAACUACUGUACCUUUCCUCUCAGAAACAAGUUUGGUUUGAUUUUCAGCUCUGUUCUUAAUGGUCAGUUCAAUAUCUCAGCCUUCUCUUAUGUCAGAUAAUAAGCUGAACUUUUCAACAUGUUUGAUUUUAACUUCCAUGUACAUAUUAAUCAAGAGUAUAUUAUUUUCAGUGAAAUAAAACUGCUGUAAGUACAUCUUUAAAAUGUUUAUGUUGUGUGUUACUACUAUUGGUGGAAAUGUAUCAAAUCAAGUAGAUGUUACCCUGUUGGGUUGCCUUUGUCAUGGGAGUGUUUUAAAAAUGGUACUAACAUCCCUUUCCUCUUGUUCGUGGUGUUGGUUUGACUAGUCAAUUGAUUUGGAUGUUGGGAUAUCAUAGGAAUUAUCAUAUGUGACUCAUUAUUUUGAUUUUUUUUUGCUCUUGAUUCUAAAAAUGUAGUCAUGCUCUUUAAAUAUAGCUAAACUGAAAGUUUCCCCAGUCUUAAGCUGAAAUAGAUUUCUGUAACCUUAGGUGUGCAUAUCUGGUUCACAGUUGUGCUGCUCUGUUUAUUUUCACUCCAUUCCUCCAAGAUCACAGACCUGAACCUUGAUACCUGUAAUUUUUUUUUUUUUUGUAAUCAACUGUUUAAACACCUUUAAAGCAGUUCUAUGCACUUAUGAAUACACAGGGCAGGUUCAGGGGUUUAUUUCCAUCACAGAAUGUAUUCUUGUUUCAGAACAAAAAACUGAAUGUCUCUUUUUUGUUUGUUUUUAGUUGGUUUCCUUUUCUGGGUUUGUUUCACUUGGUCACAGCAGCAUUGUCUCUAGAUAAAGAAAUUUUGUGCAAGGCUUGCAAUCUUGGCAUCACAGCUGAGUUUAGUAAAACAGAUAAUGAAUCCUAGCCUCCUUUAGUAGUCAAUUUAAAACCAAAUACUCGCAGGCUGGCUCCCAAUCUAAUUUCAAGCUAGCACUUUAAAAAUCUGUAGCAUGUCAGCAAGUGGUUUGGCUCUACAGGUGUGUAUGAUAAAUUUGUGUGUGCAAUAUUAGAUAGACUGUGGAACAGAGACGAGAACAGUUUAGAUAGAAGAAGUCUUGGUAAGACAGUUUGCACUGUUAAUAGUUUAUAGUUUACAUGCUUGUUUUAAAUUGGAUUUUCCUCAGUAGAAAGUAAUGCGCUUAGAUCAGAAACUUUUGUUUCUGAGUGAAAUUUUAAAUUCUAUGAAACUUUAAAUUAGUGACAGUGCUUUUGUCCCAAAGUGUUUUCCUGAAAGGACUGAGAUGUGGUGUGUAAGUGGUGGCUUUUUGUAAGUGUAGUAUGUAAAGACAUGGCAAUGUGUGUGUUCUCUGUCCUGAUUCCUGUAAAUGCUAUGCUUUUUAAUUUGCUGUGUGGGGACUUUAUCAAAUAAAACUGUAGUGUCUUUUCAAAGUCUA